GAGAAAGGAAGAGGGGGGAGGAGGAGAAGGGACGCAGGAGAGAGCGGGGGGGAAGACGCAUCAAAGGGGGGAAAAAAGCAACAAAAAAAAUAAUCAUGACUCUCGUAAUUAACACCACGUCUCUUUGCACAUCAUAAUGGCUCCACUGUUUACCUACACAGUGUGCCGCAAUAAAUGACGAGUCGCCCCACGAAGUUUUCUCUUGUUGUUGCGUAACAGUGUUGUGACAUGCUGCAGUGCGCUCCAGCUUGAGAGAGAUGUCAUCUCCAGGCAUGGGCACCCCCACUGACCCCCUCUUGGUCAGCCCAGGAGGGAGGUUACCCUCAGCUCAGGAAGGCCUCUGGAGGACCUCGCUGCCCAAGACGGCCAGCUUCCCAACGUCCACCACGCGGCACCUCAGUCACAGAGCCAACAACUUCCAAAGACAGCCCAAGCGCAGGAAGCUGAUACGACCCUCCCCGCCUCCCCCGCCCAACACGCCUUGUCCCCUGGACCAGCUGGAUCUCAGCGAACUUCCCCCCAGACGCACCUUUCAGGAGCUGCUCUCGAACGGCUGCAUCCUGUUCGGGAUUGAGUUCAGCUACGCCAUGGAGACGGCCUAUGUGACACCGGUGCUUUUGCAAAUGGGCCUGCCGGAUCAGUUCUACAGCCUGGUGUGGUUCAUUAGUCCCAUUCUUGGGUUCCUUGUUCAGCCUCUUAUAGGAGCAUGGAGUGAUCGUUGCACGUCCCGGUUCGGGAGGAGGAGACCCUUUAUUUUUGCCCUGGCUGUAGGGGCUUUAAUGGGGCUGACCCUGGUUCUGAACGGACGGGACCUCGGGGGAGCCAUGGCGGACACGGCAUCAAACCACAAGUGGGGAAUCAUCCUGACGGUGUGUGGGGUGGUUCUGAUGGAUUUCAGCGCCGAUUCAGCAGACAACCCGAGCCACGCCUACAUGAUGGACGUGUGCAGCCCGGAGGAUCAGGAUCGGGGGCUCAACAUCCAUGCGUUAUUAGCAGGGCUGGGAGGAGGAUUUGGCUACAUUGUGGGGGGCAUCAACUGGGACCAGACCCAGUUUGGAAGGUCCAUGGGGGGUCAGCUGCGGGUCAUAUACCUGUUCACCAGCAUCACUCUGGUGCUCGCCACCGCCAUGACUCUGGUGAGCAUCCCCGAGAGGCCGCUACCAAAGAGCCAACCCAACCGCAACUCCAGUAAGAGCCACCUGAAAAGCCCCAGCCUCCCUCUUCCUCCCUCUCCCCCUGUUCCCCCCGGCGCUGCUCUGGACGAGGAAGACGAGGACGGACUCUACAGCUACAGCUUCCCCAAGUCUCAUCAAGGUAAUUCGGACCCCUUGGCUCACUCUUGCAGCGCCAACGCGCGUCUCUGCGCCGGCCUCACCAGCCCCAUAUCGCCGCUGAGUCCCCUCACUCCAAAAUAUGGCAGCUUUAUCAGCAGGGACAGCUCACUCACUGGCAUCAAUGAGUUUGCCUCUACAUUAGGAACCUCCUACAUAGACAGCGUGCUUAUAGACUGCUACACGGGUCAGCAGACACCCCCGGCCCUGACUUCAGGCUCCACAGCCGUGCCCCUUGCUGCGGGAGAAUCCCCGCCUUCAGAGGAGAAAGCAGGUGACCCUGCAGCGGGGGAGACUCAGGCUGACGGGGAGGCUCAGGGGGCGGAGGGGCCUCAGACCGACGGAGAUGGAAGAACUCAGGCCGCACAGUCGGGGGCAGGGCCGCACCGGGGGUCCUCUGCCGGGAUCCUGAAGCGGCCUCAGAGUCUGGCGCUGAUGGAGGAGCCCACGGCCACGCAGAUUGUGGGGCUGGAGAACGGGCGGAGGAGAACGGUGACCUUCAGCCAGCAGGUUGCAAAUAUUUUGCUAAACGGAGUACGAUACGAGAGUGAUCUCAGUGAAAACGUGGAGACGGGGGAAUCCCAGAUGUCCAUGAAGCUGCUGUGUAUAGCCAUCUACAGAAUGCCUCCCUCUCUGAGGAGUUUAUGCACUAAUCAUUUCUUGGGCUGGUUGUCAUUUGAAGGCAUGCUGCUCUUCUACACCGACUUCAUGGGCGAGGUUGUGUUUGAAGGAGACCCCAAAGCGCCCCACAACUCUGAUGCGUACCAACGCUACAACGCUGGUGUCAACAUGGGCUGCUGGGGCAUGUGCAUCUAUGCAUUCAGUGCUGCUUUCUACUCAGCCAUACUGGAGAAACUGGAGGAACGUUUCUCCCUUCGUACUCUUUAUUUUUUUGCCUACUUGGCGUUUGGUUUGGGCACAGGCCUUGCGACGCUCUCCACCAACCUCUACGUGGUGCUUUCGCUCUGUGUCACCUACGGGGUGCUCUUCUCCUCUUUGUGCACGCUGCCUUACUCUCUGCUGUGUGAAUACUACCAGAGCCCUCAGUUCUGCGGCUCGUCCGAGGAGGGGACCAGGCGCGGCAUGGGGGUCGACAUCUCCCUGCUCAGCUGUCAGUACUUCCUGGCUCAGAUCCUGGUCUCUGUGGCGAUGGGGCCUCUGACCUCACUGGUGGGCGGGGCUCAGGGGGUGAUGUACUUUUCAAGCCUGAUGUCAUUCGUGGGUUGCCUGUACUCCUCCCUCUGCGUGGUGUACCAGCUGCCCCCCCCUGAGGGUGAGCCCCCCGAAAGCGAGACCCAGCCGUUACUGGCGCACACUUGACAAAAAAGCCUCUCCAUUCACUUUACGCUCACAAGAAACCACAGAACGCCACGCGCUCCCACACCGUCGCUCGGUGUGCGAGCGCGUCUAGCUCCGUAGCGCUGACAGCGACAGACACACUGCACGUCCUGCCGCACACUGUUUCAGCACAGCUUCGUAGAUUUCCCAUGAUUCAGCGCUGCUCUUCUCAGAGCCAGACAGACAGACAGACAUUGGCCACAACCCGAGCAUACACGUGUGUUCAUACAGUGUGUGUGCCCAUGCUUUGUUCUGAGCUCCAUGCAGAUGUGACCUCCUCUCUGAAUGUGUGUGUCUCUGUGUGUGUGGCUGAGCCGAACUCUGUUUAUUUGCCUGAUUUCUUUUUAUCGUGCAUCCUUUCUUUAUUGGCUUUUCUUGUUUUUGGUGUUUAGGACAGCAGUGUGAAUCACUACGCGCACGCUAACUAACCACAGCCUUCUUCCCUCUUCUCCUCCUUUUGAUCAGUUGCCUAACAUCUGCAUGAGCUGCUGCAGUGUGGUUUCUCAAAGCUUUUUUUUUUUUGUUGUUUUUUUUUUUGCUUUUGGUCCCGAGGUCAAAGGAAUGUCUACCUGCCUGUUUCUCUGAGUCAGAGUACUAACAUCACACUUCAGCAGGAUUGUCUUAACAAAAAAAAAGUGCCGCCAAUGGCCGUUCACACUGUUCCAGCUCACAUAGACCUGACAGCUUUCAAACAUUAACCGGGAUGUCGAGUACAGGGGUGGCCGAAGGUUUUCUGACUGAUAGUUUUGCCUUUCACCAACUUUAUUGCGUCAGUGUUGGAUGUGUCUGCCGUUUAGCGACGUUCUAUAAUAAACGUUUCAGAGCCGUUUGAUCUGAAAUACAGCACGCUGGGUUUGGAUCCGUGUAGCCGUCAGCGUGUCCGCCUUGUGAAACAGUUCUCCGCUCUGCCGGAUGAAUCAUGCCAGUGUUUUUAGUCAGAAGUGGGAGUCUGGACCAGUCUUCACCUUUCCCCUGAGCAAAAAAAAAAGCUGUUUUCUUCCCCAGAUGUCCCAAACAAUCUGAGGGAGUCUUUAGUGGAGGGAGGAGCUUUAACCCUUUCCUCUGCAGUCCAGUGCGUAUGCGGCGAUACAUGCCAGCCUGUCCUUGUGUUUUUCACGGUCCCUCACGGCACGAGGCAAAAAGAUCUGUAAGUCUCCAGCUCACGGUGCUUGAUAAAAAAAAAACGAGCCGCUGCCAUUCUUGAACAAGCUCUGCGUCGGUGGCAACCCCCUAUCCCUGAUUUUAAGGGAUCGGGAGCUAUAACUUUAUUUUUUUUAAAGUGCCUUUAAGACGACAUUUGUUCCGAAUGGGCGCUUUUAUGCAUCAACUGAAUUGAAAUGAACUGAGUUGUUUGUCAGUUUGAGGCACAUCUUGCUCAAGGGCACAAAGGCAGAGCUGAUUACUGGACUAUAGCCACGAAUAGUUAUAUUAUGAUGGUUUAAAACUCGUGGGUGGAACAGGUUUGCUCCUUGGAGCGUUGAGUCCUGACCGGACGGCCCAGGCGUGGGUUGGUUUUUGACGUGCGUCUCAGUUUUGGCUCUUGCUUGACUUUCUUGGGCACCCUAAAGCUUUCUUUACAGCAACUGAACCUCCCUCCUCCAAGUGAGCGAGGAUUUUGUUAAGGGUCAAUUUGGGUGCAGUUUUUUAUUAUUGUUUUUACUAACAAUAUAUUUUGCAAGAAAACCGCUUUUAAUGCAAAGCCAUGAUGACACGUGUUUCCUUGAAGAGUAACCAAAGAGAAUAUAGAGGACCAAAGCUCUGUUGCUCUUCUGAUUCAACCAGAAUCACAAAGCGAUGUCUUUGACGACGCUUUCUCCUAUUGUUAUUCGUUUUUUUGCGGCGCAAAUGUGAUUUUAGCCAUUUUAGUCAACUUUUCUUAUCUUUGUGACGUGAAUUAUGUCUGAUACCGCUUCGUAGCACCAGAAACUCAAUGCAGAUUUCCACCACAAACACUGAAACGGUAAAGCUUCAGUCAGUCCUAAAGCAUUUGGUCACAGCUGUAUACUUUCCCGUAGUUUAGGAGUGCUUCUGUGCAUUUUAGCUGCAAAUACAACCCUUUUCUCACCGUCUAUUCAAAGAUUAAGCAUAGUACACACCACUUUGAGUCAAUUCCAGCUAAGGGUUGAGUCAUCAGCUGACACACAGUGCUUAAACAGACACAGAGACCAGUGUAGUGGGUCCUCACUAAGCCACGUUACAGAUCUCUGAGCCGUCAGCGUACUCCCGGCCAUUCCAUUGUAAUAAUGACAGUGAUUCUUGUCAUUGUCAGGAAGAGGAGAAGUUGAAACUGGGGUGUGAAACCAAGCAAAUCAGAGGAACGGCAAACAGAGAGAAGACUCAUGUGGACUGUGGGACGGACGACGUUUAAAAAAAAAAAAAAAAUUAAUAAAUGACUGCGGGGAUUCGCAGAGCCAGCAGCGAGUCCUUCCUGUCAUCGUUAGGGUGCAUGCUUAAAAUAGUAGGCUUCUGCUCCACCGUGCUCAGCCCAUCCUUUCUGUAUGAAGAUAACCUUUGGGUUGUCGGCAGAGGUCUUCACUGGAAGUUCUUCAUCCUCUCUAGAUCCUGAAUAUCUCAUCGCCAUCAGCAGACAUAUUUUUAUUUGUUGUUGCAUCUGCCGUGCCAUGUCAACUGUUCAUAAAGGCAGAAAGUAUCGUAAUGUAGAGCCUUUUAUUUUUACGGCUCCGCCCGAGCACCUCAACCUUCAGAAUGUCAGUAAUCGCCGACUAUUAAAGCCUACUGGACUGAUGGGAUGCCCGCCACGCUGAUGGUUCUUGGGGAAACAGGAUCUGUAUGGAUCUCGCUGUUGCAGCUUGCUUGAGGAAGAAAUAGAACACGCUUUGUGUUAGAUGGUACCUCCUUACUGCUCUAUAUUAGCGUCAAUGUAAAGGCUACUUUGAUUCAGGGUUCAGUUCAAAACUAAAAUGAUCAUUUUUGCCAC